CCUUGCGCGAGAGGGCGAGCGAGCCGCCCCAGCUACACUACCGGCGGGAGAGGCAUUCAGCCCGGCCAGCGCGAGCGAGGCGCCCCAGCCCAGUGUCGGCGCGUGAGAGGGAGCUGCAGGAGCGCCCAGCCCCUCCAGCGCGAGAGGACGAGCGAGCCGCCCAGUCAGUGCGGCGCACGCGAAGAGCAGAGAGAGAGAGAGAGAGAGAGCGAGCGAGCUGCAGGAGUGCCCAGCCCGGCCGGUGCAAGAGGGCGAGCAACCCGCCCCAAGCCCACUGUCAGACAGAGGGCUGCAGGAGCCUGCGGGAGAGGUAGAGGGGCUGCAGCCGCCGGCCAGACUUGGGAGCUCACGGAGGACACAUGUGGCGGUGUUGCUGCGCGCAGGAUGCGUGAUGUGCCCUGUGUAAGAUGGUGGGGUCGGAGAACCUGGGAUUGAGCCGAGGUCCACGAUCCACCGCCUGUCGUCAUGGUGGAGUCCCACCCGCGAGGCUGGACACUUGCUCUUCCUCUGGACUUUCUGCUGGCGACGCUGACUCUCUGCACCCUACCUGUUAAUCUAUCAGCCUACCCUACCUCUCUGAGUGACUGCCAGACUCCCACCGGCUGGAACUGCUCCGGUUUCGAAGACAGAGGACACGACUUGUUUCUGUGCGACGUCAAUACCUGUCAGUUCGGCGGGGAGUGCUUGCGCAUCGGGGAGACGAUAACGUGCGAUUGCCAGUUGAAGUGCAGCACUGACUAUUUGCCAGUGUGCGGUUCCAACGGCAAUACCUACCAGAAUGAGUGCUACCUGCGGCAGGCUGCCUGCAAGCAGCAGAGCGAAAUAAAGCUGCUCGGCGAAGGAUCUUGUUCGAACGAUAUGGGAUCAGGUUCUGGAGACGGAGGGAAUGAAGGUUCUGGAGAAACUACUCUGAAGAAAACCUCUUCAUGCGAUAUCUGCCAGUUUGGAGCAGAAUGCGAUGAAGAUGCUGAAGAUGUAUGGUGUGUGUGCAACAUUGACUGUUCCCGCAUCAGUUUCAACCCUGUGUGUGCUUCUGAUGGUAAAUCCUAUGAUAACCCUUGUCAGGUUAAAGAGGCAUCCUGCCAGAAUCAAGAAUUCAUAGAAGUAUCACAUUUGGGAAGAUGUCCAGAGAAUGUGACCGUAGGUACAAAAGCAGAAGAUGGACUUUUUGCAAGAACUGAUUACACAGAAAAAAAUGCCAAUAAAUUAGAAAAACCCGCCCAAGGAUUUUUUGUCCCAUGUCCUACUCUCUUUGAGGACCAUUGUCUACAUGGAAAAUGUGAAUACUCGAUUAAUAAACAGGAACCAUCUUGCAGCUGUGAAGCCGGUUUUAAAGGGCCACGCUGUGAACAAAAGGAGUUCAAUGUUUUAUAUGUAGUUCCUGGAGCAGGGAAACUUCAGUAUGUCUUAAUAGCAUCCAUCAUUGGAGCUGUGCAGGUGGCCAUCAUUUUGAUUGUAGUUCUUUGCAUAACAAGAAAAUGUCCUAGGGGCAACAGGAUUCAGAGACAGAAGCAAAAUGCAACACAUUACAGUUCUGACAACACAACAAGAGCAUCAACAAGAUUAAUUUAAAGCAAGCAUGAUUGUACAGCUGCAAAAAUAAUUACACAAAGCUCGGACUAUUGAUUAUCAUACAAAAUGGAACAACACAUGUUGCCUUGCAUUUGUGUUAUACUACACCAAUGAAUACAUAUACUACAGUUAUAUUUGAUUAUGUCUGGAUAUAUUUCAAAUAGUAUAUAAUGUCUUGAUGUGUUUUUCUGUAAUAAAUAAAUGGUUAACAAUUUAUAUCACUUUAGUUUGCACAUGAAGUACUAUAAAGCUGGACUAAUGAAAAAUAAUUACUUCUGUGAUGUUUCUUAAUUUUUUAAAGAUGAAAUGUGCUAUUGAUUUUUUUUAAAGCAAGCAAUUUGUAUUGUUCAGUCAGGUUUUGCCUUUGUUAACUAAAGAAAAUGAGGAUCUACGAUGCUGUUAAUUGAAAAUUAAUUUUGGGAAGCUGAGUUAAAGACCAGAGGUUUGACCUUAAUUUUUUACUCGCUUGUUAUGAAGACCAGUGAGAUUUAACACCUUCCAUUAUACGAUAAUGGCAGUGCUGUUUUCUUGGAUUCAGUGGUAAUGUAUACAUGACAGUAUAAUACACCAUAAAAAAAAUCUGUCAACAAGGCUCUCUUGGUUUAAACAAAUAACCUUCAUAAGUGUCAUUAGUGAAGUAUCCUAUUUUAUAUUGUGUGUGUGCUUAUGCACUUGCAUAACUUAAUGUAUCUUUUACAUGAAUACAAGAGCAUUCAUUAUGAACAACUUUUAUCGCUUGGUUAUAGGUCACCUAGCCUGGUUCGUAACAAAAAACAAUGGUUUAAAUGUGAUGCAUUGACCAAAGUGGUAGAAAUUAGAGGAUCACACACAUACUUUUUGAUAAUGCAAAGGAUAGUUAGAGCGUUGUUUUGCUCUGCUAAGGAUCCUCAUUUGAAAUAUACAUUUCCAGUGCUAACGUUUCAUAAUAAGAUGACAAAAAUAAAAAUAUUACAGCAGCAAUAGAUAGCUCUGAAUUGUUUGUCUCUGUUUAA